AUGAAUAAUGAACAAGAGGUUACAAUCAAAGUAGAGCAGCUUUCUAGGUUACUUUUAAGCAAUGGACCAUUAGCUAUUCGUUAUAUUAACAACUAUAUAUCGGGUCAAGACCCUAAUUUUAAGAAACUUUCUACUUCCAAACAGAGAAGACUUAUAUUGAAUGUAUUACAAGCUGGGGAUAAAGAUAAAAGUGUAAUAUUUGAAAAGAUUGGAUGGGGUCUUUGGAAUGCAAAAGUAGUCAAACCUGAAGAUUUUAUUAAAGAAAGAGAAGCCAUGAAUAUAGCUAAUGCGAAAGUGAAAGAUGAACAUCGCAAAAGUAGUAAUGAUAAACAUGUAUUAUUGCAACCAUCAAAGACAACUUAUAUUGACGAAAAUGCAUUAGCUUCUGAUGAUGAAGAUGAUGAAGUCUCUGGUACAUUUAAUGACACUGACGAUAUUCUUCUAAACUACGAUGACAUUUACUCUCAACGAUCAAAGAAAACUGCCAAUUUACGUCGUACCAGCGUAGUCUCUGUAGAAUCACCUCCUGAAUCGUUGAAACAUGAGAUUCUAGCUCAACAAAAAUUAAAGCCAUUUAUGAAAUCUCAUCGGAAAUCAUCAACUUCAUCUCCCCAACCAAUCACUGGAGAAUCAAGAAGAGAGUCAAGAUUAUCAGUAUCAAAAGAAUCUUCCAUAAGAUCCACACUUCUCCCAAAUAACAAGAAUUAUCAAUUUUAUUCAAAAAAAUCAAACGCCAGCAAUGAUGAUAACCUUAUUAAACUGAACAACCAAAUCAGUAAUAAUGACAGUAUAAAUAGCAAUUAUCAAGAAGAACCAUCGGCUCUUUCCGAUACUGAUGAAGAAGAUUGGGCUUCAAUAGGAGCACAAUCAUUAAGAAAUACUCAAAGUCCAAUUAUAAGACCAACUAAUCCAUCAAAAUCUAAAAAAUCAACAGAUGAUAGUGCUGCUUUACUCCUACUAAGCUUAAAGUCUUGA